GCUGCGCACGCAGACGCCGGAAGCUAGGCACGCUGGGAAUGCGAGUUCACAGCGGGCCUCCGACCCGGCCUUUGCUUUCACCUGCUCCCAGACCCAAGGGCUCCAAGGGAGAUGUAGUAUUUCUCUCCCUCGCUUCGGCGAGCUCAGUCCCGCGCCUCCCGUUCCGCUUCCUUCUUUCUCCCCGCCCCCGGCUCUCCUCGUUCGGCUGUGGCGAGUAUCCGCGCGGUGGCGCUACAGACGUGCUCAGCCACCCUCGUCCUUCCCUGAGGUGCAAGGCGACCUUACCGUCAAAACCCCGGGAUGCCAUAGGCUACUGAACUGGCUGCCAAUAAUGGGAAGAACCUACAUUGUAGAAGAGAGUGUUGGCCAAUAUAUUUCAAGCAUCAGUCUCCAGGGGAAAUCUUUUGUCUCUGGUCUUUUGAUAGGACAGUGUUCUUCACAAAAGGAUUAUGUGAUUCUUGCCACUAGAACACCACCCAAAGAGGAACACAAUGAGAAUGUCAAGCAUCCCAAAGCUAAGUUGGAUACCUUGGAUGAAGAAUGGGCCACAGAACAUGCCAGCCAGGUAUCCAGAAUGCUCCCUGGAGGACUUGUGGUUCUUGGAAUAUUUAUUGUUACAACUUUAGAACUAGCAGAUGAUCUUCAAAAUGCCCUGCGCAGACUAAUAUUUUCUGUGGAAAAAUCUAUGAAUAGAAAAAGACUAUGGAAUGUCACAGAGGAAGAGGUCUCAGAACGAGUGAUACUUCACAUAUGUUCUUCUACAAAAAAAUUAUCUUGUCGAACUUAUGAUGUCCAUGAUCCAAAGAGUUCAGCAAGACCUGCAGAUUGGAAGUAUCAAAAUCGAGUCUCUACCUCCUGGCUGUCUCUAGAGUGUACUGUUCACAUUAAUAUCCACAUCCCACUGUCGGCUACUUCUGUCAGUUAUUCUCUGGAAAAAAAUACAAAGAGUGGACUUGUACGCUGGGCCAAGCAAAUAGAAAAUGGUGUUUAUUUGAUUAAUGGACAAGUUAAAGAUGAAGAUUGUGACCUAUUAGAAGGACAGAAAAAAUCUAGAGGAAAUACUCAAGCAACUGCUCAUUCUUUUGAUGUCCGAGUGCUAACACAGUUGCCCCUGAGUUCAGACCACAGAUCCACAGCCACGGUCCAGAUCUGCAGUGGCUCUGUAAACCUCCGGGGGGAUGUGAAAUGUCGGGCUUUCAUCCACAGCAACAGACCCAAGGUUAAAGAUGCCGUGCAGGCAGUGAAGAGAGACAUUUUGAACACAGUUGCUGAUCGCUGUGAAAUACUUUUUGAGGACCUGCUUUUGAAUGAAACUCCAAAAAAAAAAAAUUAUGAACUUCCUCACCGAGUUUUUGUUCCCCUUCCUGGAUCUGCUAUAAGGUUAUGUGAUUAUAAAUUUGGUGAUGAAUCGGCUGAAGAAAUCAGAGACCAUUUUUCAGAGAUGUUAGAUCAUGAGAUUCAAAUAGAAGACUUGGAAAUUGCAGAGGAAGUAAACACAGCUUGUAUGACUUCGUCUGUGAGGAGCGAAGCGCCACUGCCUGACACAGGAGAAGAACAGCCACAGCAGCCAAAUGAAACUCCAAUUGCAUCGAAGAUUCAGCAAAACAUAGGUGCAAUUGCAGCAAUUGCAGUUGCAGUCCUCGCUGCGGGCAUCUCCUUCCAUUACUUCAGUGAUUAGGGUGAGGCACCAAGAGCUUCCUGAUCACCCGGAACACACUGAUCAACAGCUAUGAAAACUAAAGAUGCAAAUGCCCCACCUGCAUUUAAGCUCUGCUACGAGAAUGUCUAUUAGAUGUGUUUCUGACUUACAUGACAUCACCAGCUGCCUCGUUUCCCCUGCUUUUGUUAUCGGGCCCAGGUUUUCAAAAGUAAACUAUGCAUCUAAAUGGAGUUGCAUGUAACAAAUCACUAUUAUUUAUCUUCAGAAGAGUCAAAACGUGAGCUAUUUUAGAAUUUAGUCCUACUGAAUGACAUCGCACAUUGAUCAAAAUAUGCAAACUAUGAGCAGUCAGUAUCGACCGCAGUUGAUAUAUCAUCAGGAAUUGUCUCUAAGUUCAUCCUAGAGGACAUUUCCAACAUGCCCUCAGAUGCAACAGCUUAUGGACGUGGUUUAAGUUUGAGGCCAUGAAUGCCAUCUUAAGCAUACAAAUGGACAGUGGUUUCCUGGAUGUCAGGCGCUAGUAGCAGCACAGCAGUAUGCUGCUUGCCUCACACCAAAAACAGAGAAGUGUGAAUCGCAGAUGCUGUCCUAGGUAGGCAGUUAAUGUUCUGUAGCUCUCACCCUGUAGUUCAGUGCAGAUCUGGCAGAAACAAACUAGUAGCCCUCCUAACUUAGACCCUAGACGCCCAUAAAUUAUGAUCAAGCAGUAUUUUAUUAGUUCAUGAUUUUAAGUCAUGGAGUACAAGAUACACUGAAUCAGAAUGAGAAUUAACUAUAGGAAAAAACAGUCAUUGAUGUUGUUUCUCCCAAGUGCACAACAACAACGCAGAGAACAAAGGAUAGAGCCAUAGAUGUGGAUGAGAGCCUGGUAGUGCUCCUUAGGAUAAACUAAAGGAAAAACACACACACACAUACUCAUUAAAGUCGUUUCUCCCAAGUCCACAACAAUGAUGUAGAGAACAAAGGAUAGAGCCAUAGAUGUGGAUGAGAGCCUGGUAGUGCUCCUUAGGAUAAACUAAAGGAAAAACACACACACACAUACUCAUUAAAGUCGUUUCUCCCAAGUCCACAACAAUGAUGUAGAGAACAAAGGAUAGAGCCGUAGAUGUAGACGAGAGCCAGGCAGUGCUCCUCAGAGUGAGGACAAACUUCAGGCAGGUCGGUAGUAGCAGACACAGCGGAAGAGAUCAGUGGAGUGGAAGGGAGAGCCGCAGGAAGGAGGUGAGAAGGAAGGGGUGAUGCUCUAGGAGAACCAGGGGGGGAGAAUGGAAGAGAGGAGCACUUGAGAUGGCAGGGUUCCCCACACGUGUUAGCAAAACACUUAUAAAUUCAAGAAACAAUAUAGCUUAAACACAUUUAAAAAAAAUCAAAUCCAUGAUUUGAUCCAAAUAGUGAACCACAAGAUACAAAGCAAGGUUUUUAAGAAACCAAAGGGACAUAAAGCUCCUGGGCAGAGGCAAGUCAGUCUCAUACAGAGUAGACCCCCAGUAGCAGCAGUGUACACAAGAAAGCAGGAAAUGCCUUCAGACUUGAGUGGAACUAUAAAAACCAGUGCAAAGCAGAACUCAGAACCAACAGACCUUCGUUAAAGAAACUGAAACGGGAUGGUCUUCAAUGAGGAAAAUUACCCCAAAAGCAAGGUCUGAAAUGAAGUGUUGAUUAACAAAGUGAUCAAUAUUGUAAAUUUAAAAUGUUGUUUAUAUAAAGCAAUCAUAACGAAGUAUUUAUAGAAAUUGUAAACUUGUAAAACUGAAUAAAUAUUGUUAUGCAA